GCAACAGAUGAUUCAAACAUUUUCCGAAACGCAAACGUCAAACUCUGCGCAUGACAUCGGUUUUCAUCAGUUGUCAAAAUGGCCUCCUCGGUCCAACCUGCCCGUCUAGUUCAUGUUGAAAGUGCACACACAAGGCGAUACGAUAUUUUCUAGCACCGUACGCUGUAUUUAUCGUAGCAAAAGUGUAUUUAUUUCGUGGUGCCGUUCGAAAAAUUUAAUUCCCUUCUGUAGUAUCGGUAAAAACUAGGAGCGUCUUCCGGUCGGAGCAUCUUUUCUACUUGUUGUGUGUGCAAUAUUCUGCCUCCCGGGAUUUAAGGAUGGACGCGCUGCUGGACGAGGUCGAAUCGUUGGAAGCGAUUCUGAUGGAAGACGUGCAUAUCACGAAAACUGCAAGUGGAUUUCCCGAGAUGAUUGAAACGACCGUGUUUCCGACCGUCGGCGAAGAGCUGGAAUCACAGUACGUUUGCAUCACACUGCAAGUGCUACCCACCGCCGGUUAUCCGGAUGUUCGACCGAACGUAAAGCUGAGAAAUCCACGCGGCUUGGACGAUAACAUUAUCGGACAGAUCGAGCGAGCCGUACAGCAAAAGCUGACAGAAUCGAUCGGCCAACCAGUCGUGUUUGAUCUCAUCGAUCUGAUACGUGAACACUUGACGGAAAGUAAUCUACCGUCCGGCCAGUGUGUGAUCUGUCUUUAUGGGUUCCUCGAGGGAGAUGAGUUUACCAAGACGGUGUGCUAUCACUAUUUGCACAGCCACUGUUUGGCAUGCCACAUCAAUGCUUCGAAGCGCAAUUAUGAGGAGGAAAUCGAGAAGCUUCCGAUCUGGAAGCGAAAGGAGGCGAAAGCGUUCCAGGCGCAGUGUCCGGUGUGCAGAGAACCGAUAGACGUGGAGGUGGAACCGUUGAUGCGCUGUCGUCCUCCGACGGAACGAGAAAAUGCACCCAAGUUCCAGGUAACGGACGAACUGAAGUCGCUACAGGCACAAAUGAACCGUCUGUUUAUGCAUCAGAAACGACGGGGUGGAAUUAUUGAUCUGGAGGCUGAGGAGGGUAACGUUAUUGCGAUUGAAACGGAAUCCCCGAAUGGCGAGAUUUCCAAAGGCACAAACGAUGCUUCGAUUGGCCCCAGUGCUGUAAUUCCGGAGGUGAAAACGCCAGUAAGCAAGAAGCAUGGUGCUACUAACGCACACACACAACAGCAGCAGGCCAAAGGCGGCUCAAGCUCAAAAGCGGCGAACAAUAAUGCUCGGCAGCAACGUAACGCGCCAACGUCAGCCACCACCGCAAACGGUGAAGCUAAUGACGAUCCGGACGCUUGUUCCGAUCCGUGCUGUUCCGGUCAAACCGAUCAUCAUCGCGGUGGAGGCUACCGUAAUCGACGUCACAACAAUCACCACCAUAACCGGCACCAUCGUCACCAUCAUCACCAUCAGCAUCAUCACCACCAUCAGCACCAGGGUCGGGGUGGAGGUGGUGGCGGCGGGGCAGGCGGCGCUGGAACUUCCACGGCGGCCAGCGGUGGGGCGACCAAAAAUAUAGGCACUCCCUGCGCAUCCGAUGCCAGGUGACAAUUGUUGCCCCAGGAAAGUGAUCCCCGCGCGAUGCAGCUUAGUUGGGUCCGUCGGGAAGGAUUGGAUCCGCUGUACCGGCCACACGCCCGGUAUAGCUCGCUGGAGCAUGAGCAGUUGUGGCCGUGCGGUGCCCAUCGCUACCAGCAUAAUCUGUCGAAGAAGCAUCAGGGACAGGAUGAUAGCCACGCUAUGAGAGCGAUGCUACUGAUAUAACAUUUAAUCCAACGGAAACGUAUGCAGAUUCUCUUCAGUCUCCUAAAUACUCUUACUCGUACCAAAAUAAUCGACAGUAACAUGCAUAUUCGUAACACGGUCCGCAUAGUUGCGGGCAUUCGUAGACAUUUCGGUCAAUGUUGGCUCUCGGCAGAGAUGGCGCGUCGUGUCGCUGGUGGCAGUAGGAGGCCGAUUCACAGGAUAGAACGAAGUCAUCCUCGGUGUUACCCAAUGUUGCACAAUGCUUUUCUCCUACGGCUGAAACGAUCGUGUGAAUCGUUAAAAUGUAACACUUUUGAAAAGACUUCCGUUCGGAUAUUGUUGGAUCCGUUGCAAACCCUUCGGCGGUUCGUGGGGUGUGUUGCGCAAGGUAUGAGAAUAAGUUUCUGUAUUCAGUUCAGUUUUUACUACACAGUAGUUUUGAUGUUCUUAUUGCGAACCCACCUAGAUGUGCUCGAUGUAGCGGUCCGACUGGCACGGAAGAACUAUGUACGAUCGUUUGGCGACUGCUGGAUGCUGUGGUUUUCAAGACUAAAGACCUUCGUUCGAAGAAGUAAUCUUUUCGUCGUAUUAUGCGCUUUAUUUCGGUUUGUCAAUAUUUUUCCUUCAAAAUCGGCUGUUUCCAGUGUCGAGGUGUCGAUGAUUAGUGUUCGAAAACGGAGUGCAAGUGGCGAUGCGAAACGUGUGUAUGCGAGAGAGGGAGAGAAAGGGUGUACGUGUAGUCAGUUUGAUAUUUUAUUUAAUACUGUGAAACUUAAGCAUAACGUAUGUGUUCUAUAAUUUUUGUAUGUGCGAGACGACGAUUUUUUACACUAUAGGUAAGAAUAAUGUUAGGUUCGAGCGUACAGAGCUGGGUUAUGGAGAAAUAAUAGGCGAAGCGACUAUUCAGCAGGUUUCUCCGCCAAUUACCAAGGAUCUCUCCUGCACACGGUAGCGUUUAAAUAAUUUGAAAAGGACACAAUUUUACCACCACCAAACGCGGCCGCAGCCGUGUUUCUGAGGGCAAAUCGAGAGGAAUGGAUGUGUUAUAUUCCUGUGUUGUUUUUACUUGCCAAGAGUUUAUUAUUUAAUUCCCAUUUAAUUGUGUACUGUAAACUAUUUAUUGCUCGCUGUCUUAGUAAACACUUAUUUCUUAUGAAGAAACGAACGGAACGUAUCAUGCGUGCCAAAGCCAGAACGACACAUAUGUGUGUGUGUAUGUGUGUUGGAUUUUCCUGGGUCGAAUCGAAAUGACGAAGAAAAUGCUCCACAUAAAACCGGAAAUCAAAUCGCACAUGCUCACAGCCGUGAAUAGCAAAAUGGUAUUGAUUUCCCUUUCUCUUGGUGCGAAAAGUCCGAAGGGAGUUCGGUUCGGAGUAAUUAAAAAAAUCGACAGCAACAGCUAACCAACCCUCUGGUAGAGGAAGAACUCCAUAAAUCAUAAAACUAAUCUAAAGCAAAACACAAAUUAGUGGAAUACGCAUAAUCUUAUCGGUACUAGACUAGGAGUAAAGGAAGUGUUGUGAAGAAUUGAGCAGUUGGAUCGAAACUCGAUCGGGAGGUCCGGUUUGCCGGUGUAAACGUGAAUUUAAACAUAACUCAGUAAAUAUCCACUGUCAAUAAGCACAUAGAACGGAAACAAAAGCAUAUACACACACACUCACACACACACACACACACACACACAUACCUAACGAAAAUCUCAUUUUGAGCUAAAUAUGCUGAAGACGAAGUAAAACUAAACACACGCACCUAACGAUGUCUCCUGUCCCCAAGCUGAUCACGAUCGCACAAUGUGCGACGUGAGGAAACGUAUUCUAAGUCAUUUGUAAUUCCUGCACGUGAGGUACGGAUCAGACAGGGAAAGAAUUUCAGUGUCUGAGUCCCCUUUAACGGUCAACCAACCGAUAUGAUAUGUAUGUUAUCUCAAAUUACAACCAAUCAAAGGCAAACCGUUUUGCCCGGACUAAUGGAACGGUGA